AUGAUUUCUUCGGCAGAUAUCUAUCAUAUUUUCACAGCCAUCGUUCCACUAUACGUCGCCAUGAUUUUGGCUUACAUGUCCGUGAAAUGGUGGAAGCUUUUUACGCCGGAACAAUGCGCCGGCAUAAACAAGUUCGUUGCUAAAUUCUCAGUCCCGCUGUUGUCUUUCCAAGUGAUCUCCGAUAACAACCUUUACAAGAUGAACGUCAAGAUCAUACUCGCCGACUUUGUUCAGAAAGUAUUGGCCUUAAUCGUUUUGAUCGCGGUCGUGAAACUCGGCUCUCGGGGCGGUUUACGGUCGAUCAUAACCGGCUUUUCAUUAUCGACCUUGCCCAACACUUUGAUCGUCGGGAUCCCGUUGUUGAAGGCCAUGUAUGGAGAUGAAGCGGGUGGAUUACUGGCUCAGAUUGUUGUUCUUCAAAGCAUCGUUUGGUAUAAUUUGAUGUUGCUCAUAUUCGAGUUGAGUGCUGCAAAGAGAGCCUCUGGGAUUACACCAACGGUAGAAGACUUAGGGGACGAAGAAGAUCCAGAAGAAGCACAAGAGAAAGAUGGAGAAGAGGAGGCACAAACCAAACUAUGCAAAUCCAAGACUGUACUCAUUUUCUUGACAGUGGGAAAGAAGCUCCUAGCAAAUCCGAAUACUCAUGCAGCUUUGCUUGGUCUCAUCUGGGCAAGCAUUCGAUUCAGGUUGAAAGUGAAAUUCCCUGCCAUCGUUGAAGAUUCGAUAACAAUAUUAUCAAACGGAGGGCUUGGCAUGUCGAUGUUCAGUAUAGGUCUAUUCAUGGCAACUCAGCCGAGCAUAAUAGCAUGCGGUAUUCGAAUGACAAUCGUAGGCAUAGUUUUGAAAUUCAUGGCUGGUCCUGCUCUAAUGGCAGCAUCCUCAGCUGCCUUAGGACUUAGAGGGAGAUUAUUAAGAAUGGCAAUCAUGCAGGCAGCUCUUCCUCCUGGAGUGGUACCAUUUGUUUUCGCCAAGGAAUACAAUGUUUAUCCUGAUAUGUUGAGCACAGGGGUAAUCUUUGGCAUGCUUAUUGCAGUACCUGUUGCGUUGAUAUACUAUCUUGUAUUAGCACUGUGA